GUUUGACACAGCUUAUCAGGCUUGCACGAUCCAUUCGUCAUUUGGUUUAAAGGAGUUCUCCUGUACAGCUACUGUCUUACAGAGAUGAAGGUUCUAGCAUUUCUUGUCGUAUUUGUCGGCUUGACAUAUGGAGCCAACCAUAUGUGCUGGUCUGUGGAUCAAAUAUCAAACGAAGUUGUUAAACUCGCCGAUAAAAACAAGGAUGGUAUCAUUCAGCAAAGUGAAUUAAUUGAUGAACUUCUUACUGAUUGGAAUUUAGAUAACGGCACAUGUUUGUCGUUCCACGACUUUACUAGAAAUUGGAUUGAUAACUUCCACGACCAUCACGACACCGCACAUGCUUUCUUUAACAACCUCGAUCUCAACAACGACAAGCGAUUGUGCCUUGACGAUAUAUCGGUACAACUUCUUAAGUACGACACGAAUCCAACUGAUGGACAGAUACAGCCGGCGGAAUUUAACGCCUUCCUGCACGCUGUCCAUCCAGACUCCCAUCAAAAUGGCGGCCGAGGACACGGAUGCUAGAAGCAAAAUGUUUUGCUAGAUAUUCAAACAAUCGGAUUACUUUGUGAUGUUGUCGUUUAUUUAAUGAACAUAAAAACGCAUGAAUAAGA